UUUGUUAACUCCACCAGAACAUGCCUGGGUGACGCCCUCUCAGAUCUUCCUUGUGGCCUUCCUCACCCUCCCCAGUGACACUAUGCAACCCCAGCGUGACCUGCGAGGCCCCGGGCUCCUGCUGCUGUCCCUGAUCCUGCUCCUCUUUGAGGUGUCCAGAGCUGGCCGUCCGGUGGUUAGCUGUCCAGCUGCCUGUCUGUGUGCCAGCAACAUCCUCAGCUGCUCCAAGCAACAGCUGCCCAACGUGCCCCACUCUCUACCCAGCUACACCGCCUUGCUGGACCUCAGCCACAACAACUUGAGCCGCCUGCGGGCUGAGUGGACCCCUACCCGCCUGACCCACCUGCAGUCCCUGCUACUGAGCCACAAUCACCUGAACUUCAUCUCCUCUGAGGCCUUUACACCCGUCCCCAAUCUUCGCUACCUGGAUCUCUCCUCUAACCAGCUGCAUACACUGGAUGAGAACCUGUUCAGUGACCUGCAGGCCCUGGAGGUGUUGCUGCUUUACAACAACCGCAUCGUGGAGGUGGACCGCUAUGCCUUUGAUGACAUGGUCCAGCUGCAGAAACUCUACUUGAGCCAGAACCAGAUCACCCGCUUCCCUCUGGAGUUGGUCAAGGAAGGAGCCAAGCUUCCCAAACUAACGCUCCUUGAUCUCUCCUCCAACAAGCUAAACCAUUUACCCUUGCCUGACCUGCAGAAACUGCCUGCGUGGAUCAAGAAUGGGCUCUACCUGCAUAACAACCCCCUUCACUGCGACUGUGAACUCUACCAGCUCUUUUCACACUGGCAGUAUCGGCAGCUGAGCUCCGUGAUGGACUUUCAGGAGGAUCUCUACUGCAUGCGCUCCAAGAAACUGCACAAUGUCUUCAACCUGAGUUUCCUCAACUGCAGCGAGUACAAGGAGCGUGCCUGGGAGGCCCACUUGGGUGACACCUUGAUCAUCAAGUGUGACACCAAGCAGCAGGGGAUGACCAAGGUGUGGGUGACACCAAGCAAUGAACGGGUACUAGAUGAGGUAGCCAAUGGGACAGUGAGAGUGUCCAAGGAUGGCAACCUUCUUUUCAAAGAGGUGCAGGUUGAGGAUGGGGGUGUGUAUACCUGCUAUGCUACAGGAGAAGCUUUCAAUGAAACUCUGUCUGUGGAGUUGAAAGUGUAUAAUUUCACCUUGCACGGACACCAUGACACCCUCAAUACAGCCUACACCACCCUGGUGGGCUGUAUCCUCAGUGUGGUCCUGGUCCUUAUAUACCUGUACCUGACCCCCUGCCGCUGUUGGUGCCGGGGAGUAGAGAAGCCUUCCAGUCAUCAGGGCGACAGCCUCAGCUCUUCUAUGCUUAGCACCACGCCCAACCAUGAUCCUAUGGCUGGUGGGGACAAGGAUGAUGGUUUUGACCGGCGGGUAGCCUUCCUGGAACCUUCUGGACCUGGGCAGGGUCAAAACGGCAAGCUCAAGCCAGGAAACACCCUGCCUGUGCCUGAUGUGACAGGCAAAGGCCAGCGGAGGAUGUCGGAUCCAGAGUCGGUCAGCUCAGUCUUCUCUGAUACGCCUAUUGUGGUGUGAUCAGGAUGGGUUGGUGGGGAGAUUCUGCCCCAGGAGAGGUUAUGCACCCCUGAAGGAUAUGAGGGGAUGGAAGAGAGGGCUGGCUGCCCAAGGGAGUAUGUUUACCCCCGGCCUGAAGGGAAUUAGUCACAGGUACAAUGGCAGGCAAGACUCCAACCAGGGUGUGACUGCCAUAAUUUUCAUAAGUGGAUAUAUUAAUCCUCAGGCAAAGGCUACACCCGUACCCAAAGCCCUAGCAAUUCUAAAUGUGGAGGAGGAGAAGAAAAGUGUCUGAAUUGGGUGGGAAUGAGGGGAAGGGGUGAGGGAAAGAGCAGAUUCCCUAAACUUUUUCAAGAUCAUCUUUAGCUUCUUAAGAGAAAAUCAUCUUAAAAAAAUAUCACUUCCCCCCCUCUUUCUCCACCCACCCACACCUGUGAUACUGUGGUAGGGUGGGUGGCCUUCCAGAGGAGCCACAUUGGGGAAAAGCUGUAGUAUCUUCUUUGGUCAGCAAGUUACAUUUGACAGUUGGGGAAAUUGAAAAUCUUAGGAAAAUAAGACAGGAAAGGUGAGGAGACCUCAGUAACACUCCCCAAAGCUGUUGUGUGACUUCUCAUGACUGCCUUCUUCCUUCC